AUGGCAAUCGCACUCGCCGAGGCAGACAAGUAUGAGGUGCUGGAGAAAAUUGGUUGCGGUUCUUUCGGGAUCAUUCGCAAAGUGAAGCGGAAAACAGAUGGCUUCGUACUCUGCCGUAAAGAAAUCAACUACAUCAAGAUGUCACAGAAAGAGAGGGAGCAGUUGACGGCCGAAUUCAACAUCCUGAGCUCUCUUCGACACCCAAACAUCGUUGCCUACUACCACCGCGAGCACCUCAAAGCAAGUCAGGACUUGUACCUUUACAUGGAGUACUGCGGUGGCGGGGACCUUAGCAUGGUCAUCAAGAAUCUGAAGCGAACUAACAAAUACGCUGAGGAGGACUUUGUCUGGCGCAUCCUGUCCCAGCUCGUAACCGCCCUAUACCGCUGUCAUUACGGUUCAGAUCCGGCAGAUGUCGGCUCAAAUUUGCUAGGACCUGCUGCAAAACCAUCUGGCCUCAAAGGAAAACAAGCUCAGAUGACCAUUUUACAUCGUGACCUGAAGCCCGAAAACAUCUUCCUGGGGUCAGACAACGCUGUCAAGCUAGGUGAUUUUGGCCUGUCCAAAUUGAUGCACUCUCACGACUUUGCCUCAACCUAUGUGGGAACCCCGUUCUACAUGUCGCCGGAGAUAUGCGCGGCGGAGAAAUACACAUUGCGUUCGGAUAUUUGGGCCGUUGGCUGUAUCAUGUACGAACUUUGCCAGCGAGAGCCACCUUUCAAUGCGCGCACGCACAUUCAGCUCAUCCAGAAGAUCCGCGAGGGCAAGUUUGCCCCACUGCCUGAUUUCUAUUCCUCAGAAUUGAAGAAUGUUAUCGCGAGCUGUCUCCGCGUCAACCCCGACCACCGCCCCGAUACGGCUUCUCUGAUUAAUACGCCCGUCAUUCGCCUGAUGCGUAAGGAGGUGGAGCUUAGCAGCAUAUCCAGGGCGGUACGGAAGCGGGAAGAAGCCACUCUACAAAAGGCAAAGGAUGUGGAGCAAAGUUUUGCUAAGCUCGAAAAGGAGAAGCAGCAAAUUCGAGCCGACCUUGAGAAUUCCAUUCGGCGGGAGUGGGAAGUGAAGGCGAGGUUGGAGAUUGACCGCCAAGUCCAAAGCGAGUUGGACAAACUCCGCAAAAGGUUUGAAUGUGAGGUCCAGGACCGCGUUUCCCAAGAAGUCGAAAAGCAAAGACGAACUGUCAAUUUCCGCGAGGAUGUCAGCCUUCAUUCUAGCGCCCACGGUUCCCAGACUUCUACUAGCAACAGUGACGACUCAGACUACCCUUCAAGUACAGACAUCAGUCAGUUGUCGAUUGAGUCGCCCUCGAGCAGGGGUAGCCGACCCCAGAAGAAGGAGUCACGUACUCCGUUUACCCGCUCGAAAACGGUUGUUGAUUCACCAAUGGACGUUCAGAUGGCUGAGCCAUCUCCCAUAUCGAUCGCGUCCCUUUCUUUGUCUCCACGGCGCACCUCAAACACAUAUUCAGGCAAAAAUAUCUUUGCUGAAGGAGAAAGGAAGCGACCCAAGUUCGAACCAACCAUGACAUCGGACGAUGAAGACGACACACCGGAACUUCCCUCGCCUACUCGCCCGAAGGUCAAACCUGAUCCUUUCAAGGCUCCAUCUCGCCCUCUCCUCCGUCAAAACACGACCGCAUUAAUGCAGAAGCUCAGCACCCAGCCUCCCAUCUUCCCUGCGAACUCAUCAAGACUACCCCAGGUCUCAGGCUCCGGCCAGCCUGAUGACCGUCGGAGGGAAUCGAAGUCGCGGUCACCCCAUCGGCGGUUGUCGAAGAUUCCAUCGUCGGCCAACCUGGCUGCUGAUGCGGGAUCACCGACUCGCAAGAGUGCCAUGAAAACGAGCCCGACCAAGUCGAGCGGUGGUGGCGAAGAGAUGUUCAAGGCUGUAAUGCAACGUAACAUGGGCGGCAGGACGCUGGUGGAGCUCGCUCAAGCACGCGCAGGAGGCCGUCCGAUGGAUGAAGUCAAACGCUGCGCCAGCGACCCGCGGGUCGGCGCCUGUGCUGCCCCAUUGAAGUCUUCUUCUGAUCGUGAACCUCCCGCGGUCUGGGACCCAGAACGGGAUGAAAUGCCGAGCCCCUUCCUGGCGAGAGGAAGAAAGGUGAUUCGCAACUUGAGGUAA